GUUUGUUGUUCAAUCACAUUGUACCAAAACUAUAGUUUAAAUAUAUUUUUUCUGUAUCCUAAUUGUCUAUCAUUUACUGAGAAAUAAGAAGAAUAGAAGCAGACUUUGUUUUCACGUGUCUCUUCCGCCUGAAAUUUUAAGAAUGUCUUCAUUGUUUCCGGGUAAUACAAGGAGGGAAAAAUCAGUUUUUUAUAACUUGCAAGUAAUAGAAUUGUGUACCACAUUUGAUUUAGAUGAUGUCGAAAAGGCACUCAAAGGCAUCAUUCAAAUGAGGAAAAAGAAAAAAGGAUUAGAACGUUUGGAAUACAUAUACAUACGUCUUAAAAAGCCCUACGAGUACACAUGGCCAACAUUUACAGAAAAAGUAUCACAAAUCAGCGAAAACUACAAGCAGCAUUUCGCCAAUUUAAAAAUAUGGUUUUAUCUGGAUACACUCAACAUGUAA